CGCGACUGUGAUCGAGUAACGAUCCACAAGGCGAAUCUUCUACCGGAAGAUGAGUGCAUUGUCAUCCUCGUGUACCGUAAUUCACGAUAAGGUGUUAUUGAUGCGCUUGUUUGAUCACAAAGUGGCAUUACGUAAACACAGAGAAGUUCUCCUUGACUCUUCGAUAUAAUUUCGAAUUUCUAUUAAAAUGGUAAAAUUUCGAAACAGACGAAUAAAAAUAUGUAUCGGUUGUAAACGAUUCAGUCAGAAGACAAGUAACAGAAUUGGAUAGUAAAGCAUUCACACGGACAACCGGAAUACACGUAAUUGAUUAUCGAAAGGAUAUUUAAGUCAUUUACCGUUGUGCAAGGAAUGUUAUGCAAGGAAAUUAUAUUCACCCGUGUCGUGGAUGACAGUAUGGAAUUAUUGUCUCAUCGUUCACCUCGAAAAUCCAGACAAAGGACCCUGGCGACUUCCUCGAAAACGAGAAACCUAAUGAUCCAGAAAAUGAAUGGAUUGUCUUAAAACGAAACGGCUGAUCGUUAAAACGAAGAAGAAAAACGGGACAGAUAAUAGAAAAGAAAGGAAUAUUAGUCAGCGAUGAAACUACGAAUCGGACAAAGUCGCAAUUGGUGAACCAAUUUGUCCCCUUCCUCUCCAUUCUUUCUGGCUGAUAGCCACCACGAUACCCAAGUCGCUUGCCUUACAUUUAAAACAACCGGUUAACGGAACAGUGUGAAAUUGGACGAGAAUGCAGCCGAAGCGUGAACAGCCGUGUGACAAAAUGCUCGUCGCUUGGAUCAUGAUUACGACCGUUCUGGCGUUCUCCAGUAAAGUCCUCGGCAACCCUGUGCCUACGGAACCCCAGGAAUCUGAGGGACUCACCCUUCGAAUCGUUCACACCAAUGAUAUGCAUUCGAGAUUCGAGCAAACAUCAAGAUUAUCAAGCGUUUGCUCGAAGAAAGAAGCAGAGGAGAAGAAAUGCUAUGGUGGAUUCGCGAGAAUAGCUACUCUGGUUCGACAAGCCAGAAACUCGUCGGUCCCAUGUCUCUUCCUCAACGCUGGCGAUACUUAUCAAGGAUCUAUGUGGUUCAGCGUGUACAAGUGGGAAAUUGUAGCCAAAUUCUUGAAUCUUCUAGCUCCAAAUGUCACGAGUUUAGGAAACCACGAGUUCGACGAUAGCGUGGAAGGUUUAAUACCUUUCAUCCAGAACGCCUCGUUUCCUAUAGUCACUUCCAACCUGGACUUAAGCAAACAACCAGAUCUGGCAGCCACAAAGUUAAAAAACAGUACAGUUUUAACCGUAAAUGGAGUAAAAAUCGGAGUAAUCGGUUAUCUAACACCAGAUACCAAGAUAAUUGCCAGAACGGAAAACGUGAUUUUCUUAGACGAAGUGGAGAGCAUUCGUAGAGAAGCAAAACAAUUAAAAAGCCAGGGUGUGAACAUAUUGAUCGCUGUGGGACAUUCUGGAUUUGAGAUGGACAAAAAGAUUGGUCGAGAAGUGGAAGAUAUCGAUAUAGUGAUCGGUGGACACACGAACACUUUCCUUUAUAAUGGCAUCCAACCGGAUUUGGAGGUACCAGAAGGUUUAUAUCCAACAGAAGUAAUACAGAAAAGUGGAAGGAAGGUUUAUGUGGUUCAAGCUUACGCUUAUACUAAGUAUCUCGGCAAUCUUACGGUGACCUUCGAUGAUAAGGGAGAAGUGACUGAUAUUAAUGGCAAUCCUGUUCUUGUAGAUAGCAGUAUUGAACAGGCGAAAGAUAUUUUAAACGAAUUAGAACAGAUGAGAGAUGCUAUCGAUAAUAUUAGCCUAAGAAUACUCGGAAAGACACGAGUCCUUCUCGAAGGAGAUAGUAAAGUUUGUAGACUAAGAGAGUGUAACCUGGGCAAUUUAAUCACAGAUAGCAUGAUUGAUUACAAUGUUGGUGAAUAUGCAGACCAAUCCAAUUGGACGGAUGCUGCAAUAGCUAUUCAUAAUAGUGGCAGUAUCAGAAGUUCUAUCACAAGAGGCAAUGAAGAUAAAGUCACCAUGGGUGAUGUUCUUAGCGUGCUACCCUUUCAUAACACUAUCCUAAAAGCUUCAAUGACUGGAGAAUUGUUAUUGUCUGUAUUAGAAUGGAGCGUUUACAAUCUAGACAAGGAUAAUACUGCUAAUCUCUUUGGAGCAUUUUUGCAAGUUUCAGGACUUCAAGUGGUCUAUGAUUUAACUCAACCAAAAAAUUCAAGAGUAGUUUCAGUAGAAGUAUUGUGUGCAUCCUGCGAUGUUCCAACAUAUAACAAUCUUGAAAAAAAUCGAACUUAUAAUGUACUUCUGACCGACUUCUUGCAAAGUGGUGGUGAUGGAUAUUCUAUGCUAAAGGAUCUCAAAACCACAUCUCUUGGUGUCACUACAUCAAAUACAUUAAUGAUGUAUUUAGAAAAACAUAGUCCUGUACAUCCUGCUGUUGAAUGGAGAAUUACUUACCUCAAUAAUCAUUCACAAGCAGUUUGUACCACUUGCAGUGGUACAAAUAGUAUAUACCACUCAAUGGGAUUAACAAUUUUAUUACCAAUAUUCAGCUGGUUGCUAGCAAGAUAGAUCCUAAUACGUAGGAUACAUUUUGAGGAAUUGACAUUCAGUAUUUUGAAAGUUUAUAAUUUAUACCAAUUUUUUAUGCACCUUUUACCUUUUUCACUACCUCAAAUAUAUGUUAUAAACUGUACCCUUUGAAGCACAGUAAGAACACCACUGUAGUAUCUAUAUAAUUUUUCAGUUCCAAUGAACAUGCUUUAAUCAUUAUUUUAGUUACUAUCCAACCUUAUCGGCAAUUGAACAUUAUAACAUUUGUAUGAUUUUACAGGUAUUUUAUUUUCUCGAUCUCUGUCUAUUUGUACUUAAUAAAAACAAUACAAUACAUA